GAUUUUGGAAAUGUUCCAAGAAAUUCAUUUAUAAACACCAAUAGUAUAUGUUGCUUAAAUUUCUUGUAAAGAGAGGAAAGCUUGGUAAAUUUCCUACAAACUUUAGGUGUAUAAGGUACAUAUCAUUAAGCAUGGCGGCUUCAAACGACGAAAGUAAUAAAGAAAACGUAGCGGAUGGAGAGACAGAACAAAUCGUGACCAUGGAGAAGGUCGUUGCAGCGGAUAACAAAGGAAUCGACUAUGACAAGCUGAUCAGGCAGUUUGGUUGCUCCAAAUUGGAAGACAAACACAAGGAAAGGAUAGAGAAACUAACUGGAAAAGCACCACAUCAUUUGUUAAGAAGGGGUGUCUUCUUCUCACACAGGGAUCUUGACUAUGUCCUGGAUAUGUAUGAAAAGGGAAAGCCUUUUUACUUAUAUACUGGAAGAGGUCCAUCCUCAGAAGCCAUGCACAUGGGACAUCUGAUUCCCUUUAUCUUCACAAAGUAUCUUCAAGAUGUCUUCAAUGUGCCACUAGUAAUUCAACUAACAGAUGAUGAAAAGUUUUUUCUCAAGGACUUAGAGUGCGAAGAAACACACAGACUGGCUUAUGAAAAUGCCAAAGAUAUCAUAGCUGUUGGCUUUGAUGUGAAGAAGACCUUUAUCUUCUCAGAUAUUGAUUACAUAGGGAGCAGCUCUGAGUUUUACAAAAACAUCAUCAAAAUACAAAGGUGUGUAACUUACAACCAAGUUAAAGCAAUCUUUGGAUUUGAUGAGAGUUCUUGUAUAGGUAAAAUAGCUUUUCCUGCCAUACAAGCAGCCCCAUCAUUUAGCCACUCUUUUCCUCACACAUUUGGAAGCAGAAAAGAUAUCCCAUGUCUUAUUCCUUGUGCAAUUGACCAGGAUCCUUACUUCAGGAUGACUCGGGAUGUUGCUCCACGACUUGGUUGUCCAAAACCAUCUCUGAUAUUUUCCACAUUCUUUCCUGCUCUGCAAGGUGCAAAAACAAAAAUGAGCUCCAGUGAUCCAACCUCUUCCAUCUUUCUCACUGAUUCCCCAGCUCAGAUUAAAAAGAAGGUUAACAAGUAUGCAUUCUCUGGUGGUCGUGAUACUGUGGAAGAUCACAGGAAAUAUGGUGGAGAUAUAACAGUAGAUAUUGCUUAUCAGUAUCUCACAUUCUUCCUCGAGGAUGAUGAAAAACUUGCUCAAAUAAAAGAGGAUUAUUCUACUGGAAAGAUGUUGUCUGGAGAAAUCAAGAAGGAACUCAUCUCAGUUUUACAGCCCCUGGUGGCAGCACACCAAGAGAGAAAGAAGCUAGUCACAGAUGAAGUUGUUAGAGAAUUUAUGACUCCAAGGAAGUUAGAAUUUACAGGAUUUAACUCCUGAGCACAGAUAAAACCAAGCAAUGAACAUUUUCCUAAAACUGCUUUGUGUAUGAUGUUACAAGUGUGGUAAAAAGAUUUUUAAAUGCAUGUGAACUUAGAUUUCCUUUGACACAAUAAGAAUGUUGACCAUAGAAAGCAGGCAGUAAAUAUAUCAGCGACCAUGAGUUAAGUCAGUUACCAGCACUUAAUUUAUUUCAGACUCCAACUGUUAAGGAAUGUAUGCAAGGUCAUGCCUUAAGUUCUUAGUGGUAAUAUAUUUAGUCACCAUGACUGAUUAUAAACAUGAGUUCAAUUGGGGGACUGGGGAUAUACAGUGUAAAGGAUAAAAUCAGUUGUACAUUGGUGAUUUCACCAUUGUCUUGGGUGAUAAACUCCCAACUGCCCCAGUCCUUUCUCCCACUGUGCUUUCCAAAUACCUGUUUCAGGCAGACAUCCCCAAAGAAGCAGCUUCAGCCAUUAGGAGCAAGGUUCGGUUGUGGAAUAACAUUAACUUUUCACCAAUUUGUGGCCCAAGAAUAAAGCCUUUCGUCAAUGAAGCAGUAUAUACAUGUUAGAUGCUCUUUAAUGACUUGAAAGUAAGAGGAACAGCAACAACACCUUUUAUUUUGGGGGGGGGGGGGACGCUCUUAAAGGUAAUGUAAAGUUUUGAUAUAUUUUUUUGCCUUCACGAAGAGAAUUACGGAAACAGAUUUCAUUUUGUUUCCUUCAGUAUCUUAUUGCACUAAGGUAAAACCUGCCAAGGCGCUUUUGUUCAAGAGAAUUCAAGGGCAGAUUUACGCACACCUCUUAAACCCAGAUUAGCGAAAAACUACUUUAUUUCGAGGAAAAAUAGUAGGGUUUAUUCUUUGGAAUUUUUCACAUAGUGUUCACUUUCCAACUCUGAAAAGUUAGGUGUCGAACUAUUUUCGAACUAAGACUGAAAAGAAUAAAUAGCUGGCUUUGUAGAAUUGAGAACGGAUUCUGUAUUGAAUUGUGAAGUAUGUGAACAUGAAGACUACUUUUAAAACUUGGAGACAGCCAGAAAGAUAAAUAUUUGUAAUAAAACAAGAAGUCUGGA